AUGUCGAGUACCCCAGAUGAAAAGCCCCAACGGGCCACAGCUGCGCAAAUGGCAGCAAGAAAAAUCAAGGAUGUUCGAAGACGGCCGCGUGCUCCUGGCGCAUCGGCAGCUGCUCCGAGUGCGUCCUUUGGCGGACCAUUCAACUCCAUCGAUCCUAACACAGUCUCUUCUCCAUCACCAGGCCAGCAGCCGAUGUCGAAUGGCUUUAGCUUUGGACAGUCACAAAGCUUUCCUCCGGCUAGCCCAGCUCCCAAACCUCCAGCCCAGAACACGGGUUCACAAUUUGCCUUCGGUUCUGGAGGUGGUUCAUCGGAUUUCAAUUUUUCCACCUCGUUUGGUGGGACAUCGUCAACUCCUGCGAGCAAUCCUUUCGCCUCUAUGAACACUGGUGGUGCUAGUCAACAGCCGGCGGGGGGCAAUUUCUCUGGAUUCAAGGGAAAUAUGUUCAACAUUCCUUCCACAAGCCAAUCUCCUGCCCAACAACCUCUGCCUUCCGGAGGACUGUUUGGAGCCGGUUCCCAACAAAGUGGCUCCACGGGUUCUCUGUUCGGCAACGCUGCUAGCAGUGGACCUUCAUUUCAACCGAGUACUGCAGCUCCUACAAAUGGAAACAUGUUCGGCCAGUCUACUACCGGUGCUCCCUCCACAGGUAUUUUCGCCCAAUCUGGGCAAGACAAGCCGAACGCAUUUGGGCAGUCUACAGCAUUCGGAAAUGACUCGAUGCAAACUUCCCCUGAUGCGAAGUCUGCCGCUCAGAAACCAAUGUUUGGAAGCGGAGGUGGUGGCUUCGGGGUUUCGACAAACUUUGGCGGUUCUGGAGGUGGAAAUCUUUUUGGCGGCACAACUUCGGCAUCGCCAUCAAAGCCACUGUUUGGAGCAAAGCCAGCAGAGCAGCCCGCGAACUCAUCGCCGUCUCUCUUCGGUGCUGCAACUCAACCUACAUCGUCGGCCCCAACAGCGCCGUCCUUUAGUGGUGCCGCAUCUACGACUGGUGGUGCAACCCCUUCGCUCUUCAGUACAUCAACACCUAAACCUGCAACAUCGGCAGAAAGUCCGUUCCAGUCUACGAAUAUUUUUGGAGCCCCUACCCCCUCUACAUUGCAGAAAUCCUCUGAGGAAAAAGCCAAAGAAGAAACAAAAGCCAGCCAGCCUACGCCAUCUCAACCCUCAUUCAGCUUCUCUGGUUCCACUGGAGCACCAUCAUUCUCUCAAAACUCAACAGCAGCCCCGACUCUGUUUAGUGGCUCAUCGCAACCUCCAUCAACGGGAAGUUUGUUUGCGCCGAAGACUGCUUCUUCAGAACAAGAGAAACCGCAACCUGCCGGAGGCAACCCGUUCAGCACCUUAUUUGUUCCAAAGCCAGCAGCUACAGAGACACCUAAGACCGAGCAGAAACCCUCGGCAUCACCCAAUCUAUUUGCUUCGAAGCCUGUGUCGAACGAAGAACCAAAGACGAACGAGCUCUCAAAAGCAUCUACUUCCACUUCAGCUUUCUCCGCUUCGACCCUUAGCCAACCUUCAGCUCCUGCACCUCAAUCUCCUGCAUUCUCGAUCUCAAAACCGCAGGCUGCUUCUCCGGCUCCUUCUUUUGCUCCCCAAUUGACUCCUCAAAGUCCGUUCAAGACCAAUGACACUAAACCAGCAGCAGAAGCGGCGCCCCCGUCUAAUUCUACAGCGCAAACGCCAAGAUUUGAGAAAUUACAACCUGCGAAGAUGCCAGCUGGGCUAGAUAAGAGCACAAAGGAGGAUGUGCAAAUGGCCUCCCGCAUUCGCCUACUGAAUGAGUGCUUUAAACUCCACGUUGCGAAGUUGAACCCGGCCACUGAUAGUUUCGACGCCGUUGUUGAGUUUUUCUUGCGCACUCGUGAGACUAUUGGUGCCCCGCUUGAAGGCGCGGGCACCAAGCGUAAAGGCUCUACCGACAGCGAUGGAACAACUGCUGCUCAGCCCUCCAAGAAAGCUAAAGUAUUCGGCGAUGUUGGAGACUCUACUGCUGCAGCAGCGUCUCCGAGCAAGACCACGCCACCCCAACUUUUCGGCGCCAGCCAAUCUACUCCUGCAACAAGUAACAAACGAAAGGCAACUGAGGACGACGUUAACGACGUAUCCUCACCACACCCUGCCAACCGUACUGGCGGAGACUCCACGACGGCGAGCAUCUUUGCAAACUCCUUUUCACGAUCUAAGACCUCUGAAGCCAAUGAACCCGCGGGUGCUCCUUCGCCUAAGAAACUUGAUGCUCCAUCUUUUAAGCCGUCCACCCCGGAGUCUACCAAACCUGCUUUGUUCUCCACAACACCAACGGCAUCACCUCCUAAGCCUAUGUUCUCUGCAUCCGCCGCACCCGCAAGUGCCACUCCACCAGCAAACCCCUUUGUUUUGAAGCCAUCGGGCGAUGCUGGUGCUAGCUCUUCGGCUGCCCCUCUGGCUAUCCCUAAGUUUGGCUCUGGCUCUGGCAACACCAACUUUUUCGCCCAGUUCAAGUCCAAGUCUGACAAGGAGGCCGAGAAGGAGAAAGCAAAGCGUAAAGCCGAAGACUUUGACUCCGACGAAGAUGACGAGGCAGAAUGGGAACGAAAAGACGCGGAAAACCAACGCAAGAAGCGUGAGGAGAUUGAAGCGCAAAAGAAAAAACGUGCUGUAUUCAUUCCCGGCCAGGGCUUCUCUUUUGAUGAAGAGAACAGCGCUACAGAAGAGGAAAAGUCGGAUGCUAGCCCUGCCUCGUCGAUCUUGGAUAUCAAGUCGAGCUCCCUAGGCAAGCCUAGCAACAUUUUUGGUCAUCUGUCAGCGACUCCAUCUGAAAGUGGAGAGAAUGAGAAUGAUGACGACGCCGAUGACACCGAGGAAGCUUCCGCUUCGGGCGAUGACGCUGCCAGAGAAUCGUCCUUCGCGCCAACUGAGGAUCUUGAGGCCGACAAGGCUAAUUCGAAAACCAAUGGCACCCGUGACUCCUCUGCUCCUGAAAGCAGUGACGAAGGUGAUUUCACCAAGGCCCUGAAGAAUUCGAAGCCGGCGGACAGCUCGGGUGGUCGCAGUUUGUUCGACCGUGUUGAGUAUGACCAAGAAGGAAACCCGAAGCGCCAGGGCGAGGAUGAUAAGGUCUCUUCACUUCUUGGCUCCUCCAAGUAUGCGUCGUCUUUCAAUAGCUCGGCAUCUACUCCAAACCCAUUUAGUGCCCUAUCUCAGCCCCAGGCGGAGAAGUCUGAUGGAACCGCUACGCCUAAGCCUGCCUCGACGAAUAUCUUCGGGGGCUCGACGGCAGCAUCGGCCGCAAGCUCCCCUUCAAUCUUCGCUACCGGAACCAGCCCGACAAAGCCUGGCAGUGAUAACACGUGGAAACUCAACACGCCCAUUAAGUUCGCAUCUGACUCUACAACAACGGCUCCGGCCUCAGCAGAAAAGUCAGACUCUGAAAAACCGGCAAACCCUUUCUCAACGCUCUUUGGGGCUUCGUCUGCGGGAUCCAAAUCUGGUUCCAACGGUGCUCAGGGAACAACUCCUGGCUUCUCGUUCGGUGGCCCGUCGCAAACCAGUUCGUCCUUUUUGGCUCCGUCAGCGGUCACCUCUGAAACUCCAAGCCGUGCAUCGACCCCUGGGGUGACUUCCGACACUGGAGCCGAGUCCGGCGACGGUGAUGCUGCAGAGUCUCUGCCCCAGGUUGAUCUUUCUCGAAGUGGCGCUGGCGAAGAGGACGAAGACGCUGUUGUUGAGGUCCGAGCGCGUGGUCUGAAAAUGGCCAACGGCAGCUGGGCUAGUCAAGGCGUGGGUUCCGUCCGCAUUUUAAAGAAUCGAACCACAUCCCGCUGUCGUGUUCUGCUCAGAGCUAACCCUAGCGGUAACGUGGUAUUGAACGCAAGAUUGAUGAAGGAGAUAAAUUACACCGUUAACGGAACAAGCAUCCAGUUUCUUGUUCCCCAACCCGAGGGGGCUCCCGAAAUGUGGGCUAUCCGUUGCAAGAAAGAGGAUGUAUCCAAACUUGCAACUGCAAUGGAAGAGAACAAAUCAUAA